AUGGAGUUUGAGAAGGCGUGGGAGGACAGGAACCCGCUGAAAGCCUAUGCUCUACUAAAACAGUAUAGCGACAAAAUGAAAAGAUGUUCCCCUGUCCUCAACACUGCUAAUGGGACCUUGCUGAACCGGCUAGCACCGUCAGCUCCUGAACUCGAACACCUUCAUAGACCGACAUGUGCGGUUAACGAGGAGCCACCGACCGAGUCGGAGGUCCUAGUCUGUAUUCAAAAAAUGAGGAAUGGAAAAUCUGGUGGAGACGACGGGAUUAGGGCAGAAAUGCUAAGAUAUCUUCCUCCGUCUGGAAUUCGUAAAAUGACAAAAAUCAACCGUCCAAUAUGGGUAGACGAAAGGAUACCUGAUUCGUGUAGACACAUUAUCAUAAUUCCCCUCCACAAGAAGUUAUCCGUCACGGACUCCUGGAAUUAUCGAGGAAUCUCUUUGCUGCGUGUUACGUACAAGGAGAGUGAUCGAAAUCUGGCAGCGGAUUCGAAGCCAAUGCAACUAGCGUUUCUGGACUUUGAAGCCGCGUUCGACUCUUCUCACCGAGGCCGUCUUCUCAACGCGCUUCGCGCCGAUGGAGUACCAGGAAAGUUCAUUCGCUUGCUUGAUGACAUGAAUCAACGAACAACUGCUGCAGUUCGAACACCAGACGGAUUACAACACCGUUUGAAGUGGUAA